AUGACGAAGAACACCUCUAGUGGAGAUGUUGCUGUCAACAUUCAAAGCAAUAAUAAUAAAAAUGAAACAGAGAAUACCGACAGCUCUUCAGACCAGCAGAGUGUACAAGCUUUUGAUAUCUUUAAAAAGGCAUUAACAUAUAAUGUGAUUGCAAAGUAUGAUCCUACAAUUGAUCAGCUGAUACAUCUUUCUCCAUACUGCGUUAUUUAUCAGUUUGAUGGAACCGAUUGGAACAAACUGGAUUAUCAGGGGCCAAUUGCUUUUUACUCAAGAAAAGUUUCUGAAAUUAAGGAAGGUGCUAAGUUUUCGAUUCAAGAUGUUAUGGAACGCGAUAUAUAUCAAUAUGGACUCAUAUUAUUAAACAGGGCAAAGCCUGAAAACUUUACCAUUGGGCUGUUGGCACGAAAGUAUUUGGCAGAUAGCGAUCUUGAUCGGGCCAUCGCCGUUGAGAAAAAGGAGGAGUUAGUGAUAUUGAACGAUUUUAAGGGAGAUACCUUUGGAAUAUGGCUUUUUGACGAGAAAGAUAGGGAAUACUUGUACAAAUUUCUUUCUUACUGCAUCGAGAAUUAG